UAGAGUUCCUUUUCAAAACUCUUGCGGAACUUAACUCUGCUACCUCUCAAUUCACCGACUCACUGAGCACUCUGAAUGAUGAACAACGGGAAGGAGGACCUAAACUGAGUUCAGCCAAUAGUGUUUGGAUCGAUCAAUCGUACACUCUAAAACCUUCCUUCAGCAAAACUGCGAGUUCAAUCUAUAAAGCCGACGUUAAGGUUCUCGAUUUCCAAACUAAGGCAGAUGAAGCCGCGGGGGAGGUGAACGAAUGGGUUGAGAAUAAGACUAAUGGAUUAAUCAAGGAUCUCCUUGGGCCUGGUUCAAUCAAUGAAUGUACAGUUCCUAUGUUGGUGAAUGCAUUAUACUUUAAAGGAUUAUGGCAAGACGCAUUUGAUAUAUCUGAAACAAGAGAUUCAGAAUUCUAUCUUCUUGACGGAAGCUCAAUCCAACAAGUCCCUUUCAUGACUAACGAUGAAAUGCAACAUGUUUGUUGUUACGGAGGGUUCAAAGUUCUUCAACUCCCAUACAGUACACAAUACAAAACCAAUUAUGGCGGGGAUGAUGUUACUAGUUUUUCUGAACAGAGCGAUGAGGAGGAUGCUGAAAAGAGUAAUGAUGAUGAUGUUGCUCCUGACACACAGUUGUCUAUGUAUAUUAUUUUACCUGAUGACCGAGAUGGCCUCGGUGAUUUGAUGGAGAAGGUAAGUUCAGACCCAGAUGGUUUCUUGCAUAGUCAUCUUCCACUAGUAAACCGACCACGAGUUCGGAGGGGAGAAUUCUGGAUCCCCAAGUUCAAGAUAUCAUUUGAUUUUAAGGCGUCAAGAGUUCUCAAGGAACUGGGAGUGGUUUUGCCUUUCGAUCAGGACAAAAGUGAGCUCACUGAGAUGGUGACUAUCAUAAGUACUGGAAGCGAACUCGAUCGACCCCAAAAAAGAAACAGAAGUACUGGAGGAAAUGUUUUUGUUUCCAAAGCCAUCCACAAGUGUUUUGUAGAGGUUGACGAAGGAGGUACUACAGCUGCCGCUGCUACUUCAUUUAUUGAUUGGGCACAGGCGAGUGGAAUAGAUUUUGAGGAUGAGGAUGAUCUCCCAGAACCUGUAGAUUUUGUAGCGGAUCAUCCAUUCAUGUUUUUGAUCAGAGACGAUAAGAGCGGGGUAGUGUUGUUCACAGGACAUGUCUUGAACCCAUUGUUGACGGACGAGUGAGGUUUUUAGCAUGACAUGCAGUGGCGAUUGAACACUAGUCUACGGUAAAAGUAACUUUCAGGUUUUCAAAUUUACAUUCAUCCGUCUUAGUUUAGUUACAUCUGUAUUGAAACAAAGAUUCACUUGGCCUCGACCGUUUUUCCCUUUUGAGAAGUCUACCAUUAUUUUGUUGUCACGGAGGUAAAAUCAAGAACCUCAGAGUCGGAUGUGACGAGAUUUUCUGUAACUUCUUUUUGCUGCAUGACUCUGCAAGUUCGAUUACAGGAAAAUUUAAGGAAACAUAAGAUGACUGAAGAAACGUUUCUAGAUCCAGUUAAGAGACAUUUCUUAAUGCAUGGAUUGCGCAGUAAAUUCAUGCUUAAGGGUAACACUAUUAAUCAUUCAUCAGAUCCUAGAGGAUUAAGGACAUGUCCCAUGAACAAAACAACACCAUUUACAUUGUCUCUGAUAGUAAUCACGAAGGGAUGAUCAGCUACAAAGUCCACAGGACGUCUGAGACAUUGCUGCAUAACGAUGGCAGCAGUAGAAGCAGCAGCUUCAUCAACUUCAACGGUACACUUGUGAUGAACUCCUGAAACAAAUAGUUGAGUCCUCUCAUUUACCAUCUCUGAGAGGUCGGUCUGCUAGUUCUUUAUCAAAAGGCAAAUGAGAGGUUUUUAGCAUCAAGAGUUUUCAAGGACGACAUGGGAAUCAAUUUGCCUUCUGAUAGAGAACUGAGGAACCCCAACAAUUGUUUCAAGGUUCCACCAUUUGACCCAG